AUGAAAUCAGUUCCAAAAUUAACUGUAUUUUAUGGAAAAGCAGGGCCUUCAAAAGUAAAUACUGAAAUUGCCAAUGAUGAGGAACCAGUUGCCCAAAUGGAUGUUGAUGUUUCUGCACCCAUUCAGUCCGAAGAUUGUCAACCUGGAUCAUCAACAUCAAACAGUUCUAUCCUACCCUCGGGUGAUAUCCUACAGUCAGAUCCUGCCUUAUGGAAAGUGGAUAGGCAUUUCCAAGAAGAAAUAGUAAAAAUGCCGAUUGAGCAAAACAUUUAUAAGCAGGACUUUUCAAGAUCUGAAAAAGAGCAUAACGGGCACAAACGCUACCUUACCAAGUCUUUGUUUGAAAGAACUAUGCCUGACAUUAGUCACGUGGAUCAACUGACGUUCAUAGUCAGGUAUGUCGGAUCACACGGAAGACCAAUUGAGAGAUUUAUCAAUUUUGUUGAGGUCCAUUCACAUAAAGCAGAAAAUUUAGCAAAUGUAGUGAAAGACGUCAUAACUGAAGAUCUAGGCCUUGACAUUAGUAGCCUUCAUGGGCAAGGUUAUGACAAUGCCUCUAAUAUGGCUGAUGCAUAUUCAGGUUUGCAGGCCAGAAUCAAAGAAUUAAAUGAACUUGCCCAUUUUGUGCCAUGUGCUGCUCAUUCACUAAAUCUUGUUGGGGCCUCAUCAGCGGACAGUUGUCUUGAUGCAAUAACUUUCUGCAAAACCUGUACACAUUCUCUUCAUCCUCCACAUUGUGUUAAAGUACAUCAUAUGAAGUAA